GCUCGCUCCCGGGUGGCGAACCUGGAAGGCCCGGCGGCUUCGGAGUUUCCCGGCGCGCCUUCCGUCGUUUCCCGGUCCUGCGCGGGGAUUCUCCUGGCGGCGCUGCGGCUCCGAAGCGUUGGCCGCCAGGCAAAGGCGUCAUAAAAGACAGGCAAAAUGGAGGAAUCUAUACACCAGAUGCAACCACUGAAUGAAAAGCAAAUAGCCAAUUCUGAAGGUGGCUAUGUAUGGCAAGUCACUGACAUGAAUCGACUACACCGGUUCUUGUGUUUUGGUUCUGAAGGUGGUACUUACUAUAUCAAAGAACAGAAGCUGGGCCUCGAAAAUGCUGAAGCUUUAAUUAGAUUGAUUGAAGAUGGCAGAGGAUACGAAGUGAUACAAGAAAUAAAGUCAUUUAGUCAAGAAGGCAGAACCGCAAAGCAAGAGCCUUUGCUCUUUGCACUUGCCAUUUGUUCCCAGUGUUCUGACAUAAACACUAAACAAGCAGCAUUUAAAGCUGUUUCUGAAGUUUGUCGCAUUCCUACUCAUCUCUUUACUUUUAUUCAAUUUAAGAAAGACCUAAAGGAAAGCAUGAAAUGUGGAAUGUGGGGUCGUGCUCUCCGGAAGGCUGUUGCAGACUGGUACAAUGAAAAAGGUGGCAUGGCCCUUGCUCUAGCAGUUACAAAAUACAAACAAAGAAACGGCUGGUCUCACAAAGACCUGUUAAGACUGUCACAUCUUAAACCUUCCAGUGAAGGACUCGCCAUUGUGACCAAAUAUAUUACAAAGGGAUGGAAAGAGGUCCAUGAAUUGUAUAAAGAAAAAGCACUUCCUGUGGAGACUGAAAAAUUGCUAAAAUAUCUGGAGGCUGUAGAAAAAGUGAAGCGUACAAAAGAUGAACUGGAAGUCAUUCAUCUAAUAGAAGAACAUAGAUUAGUUAGGGAGCAUCUUCUAACAAAUCACUUAAAAUCUAAAGAGGUGUGGAGGGCUUUAUUACAAGAAAUGCCUCUUACCGCAUUAUUAAGGAAUCUGGGAAAAAUGACUGCUAAUUCAGUCCUUGAACCAGGGAAUUCAGAAGUGUCUUUAGUAUGUGAAAAACUAUGUAAUGAAAAACUGUUAAAAAAGGCUCGUAUACAUCCAUUUCAUGUCCUAAUCGCAUUAGAAACUUACAGAAUAGGUCAUGGACUCAGAGGAAAACUGAAGUGGUGCCCUUGUGAAGAAAUCUUGAAGGCGCUGGAUAUUGCUUUUUAUAAAACAUUUAAGACAGUUGAGCCAACUGGAAAACGUUUCUUGCUGGCUGUCGAUGUCAGUGCUUCGAUGAACCAAAGAGUUUUGGGUAGUAUACUCAAUGCUAGCACAGUUGCUGCAGCCAUGUGCAUGGUCGUCACACGAACAGAGAAAGAUUCUUACGUAGUUGCUUUUUCAGAUGAAAUGGUACCAUGUCCUGUGACAAAAGAUAUGACCUUACAACAAGUUUUAAUGGCUAUGAAUCAGAUCCCAGCUGGUGGAACUGAUUGCUCUCUUCCAAUGAUCUGGGCUCAGAAGACGAGCACAGCUGCUGAUGUCUUCAUUGUUUUCACUGAUAAUGAAACUUUUGCAGGAAAUGUCCAUCCUUCUGUUGCUCUAAGGGAAUACAGAAAGAAAGUGGACAUUCCAGCUAAACUGAUUGUUUGUGGAAUGACAUCAAAUGGUUUUACUAUUGCAGACCCAGACGAUAGAGGCAUGUUGGAUAUGUGUGGCUUUGACACUGGAGCUCUGGAUGUAAUUCGAAAUUUCACAUUAGAUGUGAUUUAACAGUAAGCACCAGCAUGAUCUAGAAGAGGUCAGUUGCCACUAGUGAUCUCACUACAAUUACACAGCUACUUCCCACUUAAUCCAGUGGACAAUGAUGGUAUAGUGUGUACAUACUGGAAGUUACUUUAUGGAAAAGAAGAACAAUAAGAUAAACCCAAAGUUCUAUUCACUAAUGUAGUUUUUGGGAAGUAACUUCAAAAUCCUGUAGCUUCCUCUAUCUUAACAGAGAACUUCAUUUUAGUACACUGUACAGUGGUUCACUCUAGUAAUAUAUUUGUACUUAAGAGGUGAGAUCCAAAAGUGUAAGUAGUUCCUUAUCAUGUUACUUGUUGAAGUACUGUUUUUUAAAUGUUUUCAUUGGAAAAGGACAGCCUUGAUAAUAUCCAAAUACUCUGAAAUGCACUAGACCAUGUAACUGUGAUGGAAUAUGAAAUUCAUCUGUAAACUUUUGUACCAAGGGGAUAAAAAAACAAGAUAUUUGAUUAAAUUUUGAAUGAGUUUUACAAAUUCCUUUCAGAGUUUUCUAAAGUCACUUACCAGCUUUCUUAUUCAAUGAAAAAGAUACUUCGUGAUUUUUUUUUUAAAUUUUAUUUGUACUUGUAGAACCUAUUACCAUUAAAAAGAGACAAAGGAAACUCCCAAGAGGAGGCUAUAAAGUUUGUGUUGGCUGAGGAGUUCUA